CUACACUAUACCUAUACCACCUAUACAUAUAUCAUCUAUACUAUCUAUACCUAUACCACAUAUACUACCUAUACCUAAACUACAUAUACCACCUAUACAUAUAUCAUCUAUGCUACCUAUACUACCUAUACCACCUAUACUACCUACACUAUACCUAUACCUAUACCACAUAUACUACCUAUACCUAAACUACAUAUACCACCUAUACAUAUAUCAUCUAUGCUACCUAUACUACCUAUACCACCUAUACUACCUACACUAUACCUAUACCACCUAUACUACCUACACUAUACCUAUACCACCUAUACUACCUAUACAUAUAUCAUCUAUGCUACCUAUACUACCUUCACUAUACCUAUACCACCUAUACAUAUAUCAUCUAUACUACCUACACCUAUACCACCUAUACCUAUACCACCUAAGCUACCUAUACCGCCUAUACUACCUAUAUCUAUACCACCUAUACCUAUACCCCCUAUACUACCUAUACCACCUAUAUCUAUAACACCUAUACUACUUAUAUCACUUAUACCUAUACCACCUAUGCUACCUAUACUGCCUAUACUACCUAUAUCUAUACCACCUAUACCUAUACCCCCUAUACUACCUAUACCACCUAUAUCUAUAACACCUAUACUACUUAUAUCACUUAUACCUAUACCACCUAUGCUACCUAUACCGCCUAUACUACCUAUAUCUAUACCACCUAUAUCUAUAACACCUAUACUACCAUACCACCUAUAUCUAUAACACCUAUACUACCUAUAUCUAUACCACAUAUACUACCUAUACCUAUAUUACCUACACUAUACCUAUACCACCUAUACUACCUAUACCACCUAUACAUAUAUCAUCUAUACUAUCUAUACCUAUACCACAUAUACUACCUAUACCUAAACUACAUAUACCUAUACCACCUAUACUGUCUAUACACCUAUACCACCUAUAACAAUACCACUACCACCUAUAAUACCUAUACCACCUAUACCUAUACCACCUAUACUGCCUAUACACCUAUACUACCUAUACCACCUAUACCAAUACCAUCUAUACUACCUAUACCACCUAUACUACCUAUACUACCUAUACCAAUACCACCUAUACCUUUACCACCUAUACUACCUAUAUCACCUAAACCUAUACUACCUAUACCACCUAUACCUAUACUACCUAUACCACCUAUACCUAUACCACCUAUACCUAUACUACCUAUACUACCUAUACCACCUAUACCAGCCACCUAUAUGUCAAAGAUGGAGUGAUCAUUCCAAUGUUUUCCUGUGACUCUAUGCCUAUGUCGGGAAUGUUAGUGCCAUCACUUAGGCACCAACACAUGCUGGUGCCAGUCCAUACAUGUAGAUUGACAUGUCCAUGGCCUAUUGGAUAAUGAUUAUAUUGAGAUACUUGCUGCCUCAGUCCAGAAGGCUUGUUUUGAGGCUAUACUGUGUAGUACCCAUGCUGUAUUCAGAGCUGCCAUCAGGGCAAUACUGAUAGUACAACCUUCAGGGGCCUGGGCCAAAGGGAACCCAUGUUGCUGACUCUGCCCCCUUCCCCUACCUUACCUGGAGGCCCAGAAGGUUUAACAGUAUGGGGCCCCUCUGUUGGCAGUCCUGAGUUGUAGUGUCUAGAUGACCAGGUGCUGGAUUGGUGACAUUUCUCUGUAUAUGUUCAUAUUUCUCCACUUUUUUAUGAUUUGAUGACUUUUAUGUUGCUUCUUCUCCCCCCUCACACACAUACUCGUAAUACUGUGAAAUCUCUUGCAGACGUUGCGUCUGUCCCUAUCCCCCUGUUGGCUCUGCUUCGUAUCUUUCUCCACUCUGCUACAUCUUGUGCCAAUCAUUUCCCAAGCCCUCAGCGGUGGCACCAGCCAAUGACUGGGUGAUCUCAGGAGGAGGUGACCUUGGGCUGGGCCCCUGGGGAGAGUUGAGGCCCAGUUAUAUAUUGCAGGGAUGAGACUCCUCGUCCUCUCUGGUCCCCUCCUUGGUCAUCUCCUGUAUCUCCUCCAUCUUCCCCUAUAAGAACCAUGUGGAUCCAGUUUGCCCCAUUGAACGUUCCCCUGGACAGGAGGCUGCAGACGGCGGCGGUGCUCCAGUGGACCUUCUCCUUCCUGGCUAUGGCACAUAUCUGUCUCGUUCUCUACAUCCUCCUGUUCUGCUCCCAGUACUGGGCCCUGGCUCUCCUCUACUCUGUAUGGCUCUAUAUAGACUGGGACACCCCAUCCAAGGGAGGCCGCAGGUCGGAGUGGGUGAGGAGAUGGACUGUGUGGAGAUAUUUUGCCAACUACUUCCCUAUCAAUCUGGUCCGGACAACCCCUCUUGACCCUCGCCACAACUAUAUUUUUGGCUUUCAUCCUCAUGGGGUUCUUGUGGUUGGAGCAUUUGGAAAUUUUUGCACAGAAGGAACAGGAUUUUCAAGUCUUUUCCCAGGUCUCACACCACAUCUUUUAAUGCUGCCUGUCUGGUUCCGGGUGCCAUUCUUUCGGGAAUAUAUCAUGAGUGGGUGUCUUGUAUCCUCCGACAGAACGAGUGCAUGUCACCUCCUGUCUCAGAAGACCUCAGGGCAAGCUCUGGUCAUAGCAGUUGGGGGUCCUCCUGAAGCUUUAGAUGCAAAACCUGGAGAACUUAAACUUCAAAUCCUGAAGAGAACCGGGUUUAUUAAACUGGCCUUGACCCAUGGGGCUCAUUUGGUCCCGGUUUUAUCAUUCGGAGAGAACAACCUCUACUAUCAGGUCAACAAUCCACCUGGAUCUCUGCUUCGCACCACCCAAGAGAAAAUGCAAAAGAUUUUAGGACUAGCAAUACCUUUGUUCCAUGGCCGAGGAGUGUUCCAGUAUAGCUUGGGCCUACUUCCCCAUAGAAGACCAGUUUAUACAGUGGUGGGGUCUCCUAUCCCAGUGGUAAAGAAUCCUUCUCCUUCCCCUGAAGAUAUUGCGUCCCUCCACGCUCUCUAUGUAGAGAAGCUAAAGGAUCUAUUUGAGACCCACAAGACGAAAUAUGGCAUUGAAAAAGACCGUCAACUCGUGCUCUGCUGAGGUGGCUAUAAAGUUUAAGAUGUGAUAUAUAUAUAUAUGUGACUGAGUCUACCGAGGGGGGAGGACCUCUUGAAGGAUCCACGUUCUUGCCUGCUACUGUAGAAGAAGACCUUUGGAAAGUACAACAUGGACCAUCUCUAGCAAAAUUGUUAACUAUGUUUCAUGUCUUAGUUCCCGCAAAUGUUAGUACCUUUCUGUGGAUGGUAGACGAGGAACUCAUAGAUCAAUAAUCCUAUUAUUAUGGACUCUCAAAGGCAUGCAAGAAUUCUCAUCUUGGCCAAUCUCAUACAUUCAACACUCUAGGGGUGGUAAGGCUAAGUGGUUGCCAGAUAUCUCUGGUAUCAUGGGAGACUAUAUGUGAUUUGGUAGUCUAGGCUAUCGCCCCCUUACCCUGAGCUCAUUUCCUGAAGAAGAACGCGCCCUAAAAGUGCCAACUACUGUAUAUGCUUAGGAGAAGGGAUGAAAAACACAGGGGGCGCUCCCUGGUGAGGUGUAUCCACUGGUGGGUACCCUACACCACACCCAAGUGAUAUACCAACCUUAGAGGUCACUGUUCUGGACUGUGCCGUGCUUGAGAGGGUGGAGAUACUUGAAGUUGCUGGCUGCUGCACUCUUAGGCUGGGUUCACAUGACGUUUUUCCCCAUACGGGAGCGCAUAAGGCAGGGGAGAGUUAAAAACUUGCGCUCCCGUAUCCCUGCGAAUGCG